AAGCUACGAUCGCGUUUGUCGAAAAAUAUGUAUUUAUCUCGUGAUUUUUAGCCGUUGAAGAAUCUAUAGUAUUUAGAAAAGUGCUUAUUUAAAUGCUUGUUUGUCCAGUGCAGGUAAUCAGUGUCCUAGAUAACCAAAGCAAGUUCCAGAUGUUUACACUAUUUUCUGGCCGUCAUUUGUACCAAAGAGGAACACUAACAUGGCGGCUCUAUACUAGGCUCUGUAACUUUGCGCGAAACAUUUCCACGAAUAUCUCAACUUUGGGACAACGCACACUUCGUAAACUUGGAGAACUGUCUUCUUUAUCUUCUAUAAUAUACCAAUUUCUUGACUUAAUCCGCUGAAUGGUUUUUGAUUUUUUUUAGUAUUAUUAUUGUCACGUCCGGUAGUCACGUCCGGUAGUCAGGUGGGGUUUGUGAUCGUCGUGAUCACCGUGAUACGUAGUACUACAGAGCCCCCUAGGUAGCCCAUGCGUAGCCAACCUCGUUCCCAGGGUCUCUCAUCUCACCGCCUCCGCUCGCUCCAGGGGGCGGUAAGAUGAGAGACCCUGGGAACGAGGUUGAUGCGCAGCGCGAGCCUAAGCGCAUACGUAGCCCGAAAACAAACUUUCGGGGGCAAAGCAUAAAGAGGUUGGUAUCUAUAAACACGAUGACCGACGUUGCUGCAUCUGACAACAGUAUUGAGCUAAUGUUUCCUACGGGAAUGGAGAGUAUUCUCCACGAAAAUCAAUUGAGUCCUUUCAGAAUACUGCUUUUCGAUUUUUCGGAGGAACUUACCCGACAAGAUGUGGAGAAGAUGAAAUAUCUCGCUUUAGAUUUCAUUCCGCGUGGGCGAGCAGAAAACAUUGAGAACGGGUUGCACUUAUUUGACGCUCUGGAACGCAAUGCCCGGAUUUCUCCUCAAAACCUCGAUCUUCUGGAGGAACUGCUUAUAAAAAUUGGAAGAAAGGAUUUGAGUGCUAAGGUAGACAAAUUUCGUCAAGCCCAGUUGAAAGAAUAUGCAGUUCCCAUGGCUGAGACUGACGUUUCUCUCGCUUCAAACAAACGAAUGCCUCUUAAAGAGGAGAACUUGUGCCGGGAAUUGGCUUUCGACUACAUCUGCUCCCACAAACUCGGCGAGUUAGCCUACAGAUCGAACACCAAGGCUGCUAAUACACUUCGGGAGGUUUGCAAAGAAUUGGAAGAAAAGAACAAAGCGUUUUUCAACGAUACCAAAAAUUUGUCUGUGACAGCCCCAAUGUUCAACGUCAUUGCUGAUGAAGUGUUCAGCGGAGGAAUAAACUGGGGUAGGAUCGUGGCCUUGUAUUGCUUUGCUAGCACUGUUGCUGUGUCUCGCCGUGAUAAUCACAUGAGUGACGGAGAAGAUGUUGUCGGAUGGCUGUCCGAGUACAUGUGCCGAAAAGAGAUGGCAGAAUGGAUAGCGAAAGCUGGAGGAUGGAAUGGGUUUUGCGAAUUUUUCAAAGUUUCGCCGGGAAUCAAUAAAGAGCUAUUCGGCGGCUGGACUUUUGUGACAACUAUGUUCGCAUCCAUUGCCGCGGUGCUUCUUGUAGCACGCACGAAAAGAACAACCUGAGGUGUCUUCCCAGGGGAGGCUGCUCAGUAAGUUAGCCCGACAUGACGUUGUACUCGCAGUUGGGAACUAGGGACGAGAGCGUCAAAGCAACAAAAAAACAGUAGUUUGAAUGUCUUAAAACUAGUAACUAGUAGUAAUCAAGGAUUAGGAGUGCGUUCUGCGCCUGUGAUAAUAGUUGCUGCUACUGAAAUCAUUAUCUUAAUGUGAACGGCUGAAGUUUUAAGACAUGUGUAAGAUAAUGACAAAGUCUACUAUUAAGAAAUAGAAAACAUGUUCCGUGUUUCUAUCGAGUUUUAGUAUAAAUCUACUAGCAUUCUAUCAC